AUGAAGAAUAAGCACCAAGGAACAACAAGAGCAAAGAGGCAGCAGCUUCAAGCACUCCAUACAGAGUUUGAAUUACUCCGUAUGAAACCGGGAGAGUCGGUUUCUGAUUUUUUCUCAAGAACAAUGGCAAUUAUCAACAAAAUGCGGAUUCAUGGUGAAAAGAUAGAUGACGUAAAAGUAAUCGAGAAAAUACUUCGAUCGAUGACACCAAAGUUCAAUUAUGUGGUGUGUUCAAUUGAAGAGUCAAAGGACCUUGAUCAGCUGUCAAUUGAUGAACUCCAAGGUUCAUUACUGGUUCAUGAGCACAAGUUGAUCCAGCAGGAUAAUGAGGAGCAAGCUCUGAAAGCUUCAACUAACAACAAUACUACGACAUAG